AUGGAACAAGCCGUUAGUGACUCCGCUACCGUCAUGUGCACUUCCGAGAAGGUCUACCUUGCUACCUGUACGAAUGUUGACUGCAAGUACUCCUCGCAUCAAUAUCCUGGCCUCGGAGCUUCCUUUCUUAUUGAUCGAAACAUCGAGCUAGGAGCUAUGCGUUGGGGAGAUGAUAAGCCCAAGAUAAGUCUCUUUGCUCGCAACUUGAGUGUAGCUUGCAUUGCCAUCCAUCUCCGUCCGGUCCGUCCGUUAUCUGGCACUUUGCUUUGGCGGCCGUUCGUGAAGCUCUGGGAGGAAGCGGUGGAAGCCCUCCACCCCGAUGCACUCAGCCGGUUGAUCGUGGGUGCCGAUAGCAGCGUCACCGCCGCAAUUGCACUAUCAAGACCGUAA